ACUGAGGCGACUACGCCACAUAUCGUGAAAUUACUGUUGUUGUUGUCUGUAGCUAGCUAAAGUCGAUCUAAUUCACCUGAAACCUAAUAGCGAACAAAAUAGUGGAACCUUUAAUACCGGGGUCGGGAGCUAUUAGCAAAUGGUGCACAAGAUGCCUGGUCAAGUCGGCAGCCUAAAACCCAGAAAGAGGAAGAGCAGCUCUGAGGUCAAAGGCACCAGAAAGGCUUCUGCUACAAGGAGGAGAUGUAUGAAAAGUCCAAAGAUGCACUCAGCAGCGGAGAGCAGUGCAGCAGGCGGUGGUUACAGUAAAGCAGACGGUCCUCUGGAGAGACUCUCUCACAUCAGCUGUGAAUGCCAACAGUCGGCAGGCAGGAGGAGAUGCUCGGCAUCACCCGAGCUCGAAGGGCCGGAGGGCAAAGAAAACGAGCUGAGGACGGGGCUGGAUUUGGACGGCUGCAGAGGGAACAGCACCGCAGACAAACAGGAGCCCGAGGACAUGGAUUGUGAAGAACCCGGCAAAAGCAUCUUCCCAGAUGACGACAGUAACCAGAUUCUUCCCGUGGAGCAGUUCUUUGGAAACUUGGAUGCCGUACAGGACUUUCCUCAGAGAUCAUCAACUUCUGGACGUGUUCAUAGAGAGAGCAGGAGACGACAUUACUACGCACGAGAGGACAGCGAUGAAGAGGAGGUGGGCUUCGGCAGUCUGCAGCGUGAUGACAGAGGGUGCACUUAGUGAAAAGUAACUGCACCAAUGACUGUGGUGGACUCAAAGCUGUGCUGGUCAGCACUUAGGAAAAAGCAGCCAGGUAAAACCACUUAUUCAAACCCAGCAUUGAAUCUGCCCUAAAAUCAUUGUCACAAAUAUAUCGUGUGUGACGAUGCCCGUGAGUACCUGGUGAUGAAAUUGCCCCCUGAGACGUGAGUGACUUGAACUUGCUGUAGCUGAAUCUGCUUUUGGACGACCGUCACUUACAGACAAGCCAACACUAUAUGUGUGUAUUGUAUUUGCCUUAAACCUUCCUCCAGUGCCCCGCCACGUGCUUAAGUGAUACAGGAAACAGGUUUACCACAUGAUGACAUGACAUGAUGACCACAUUUAUGACUUUACCUGUUUUAAAAUCAAAUUCUUUGAAGGUACACUUUGAAAUGUUCGAUUUCUGACUUGACAAGAACCAUCCAAACACACAGAAAUAUCAAAUAUCAUUCAACAUUUGGCCUGACGCCUGAAUACUGUUUCUUCAUUUUCUGAUUUUUACAACAUAGCUAUAGUAAUGGGGUUAAUAUAGCUACUUGUGAUGAACAUAAUACAGUAGUGCUUGUUUUAUUAUUUAUUGUGGAAUUUAUGCUCACAUCACCCCUGGUAUAGUCGUCUUCGGUCUCAUCUGGAGGGUGUGUUGGCACAGCACUUUAUUUAGACAAAUCAGUCACAUAACAAACUGCUUCAUCAUUUGAGUGCAAGUGUGCAUCUUGAGAUUAGCCUUGUGAAAACAGUGCUGGAUCAGAAUAACAAACUUCAAAUGUUUCGCACAGAUGACAAGUGAUAAAAUGUAAAAUGCAAAAGCCACAUGUUGGUGAAAGCAGUAUAUCGAUAGAUUUCAUGUUCUGGCUUCAGAUUGUAUGAAAGUGGUGAGGAAGGAGCGUACACACGUCAAGAGCAGUUUAUACUGAGAGCUUUUAAUAUCACAUAUUCAGUGUAUCAGAUGAAUGAGCCAUUUUUCACCAAGUGUCUAAUAUUUCUCCUCAACACAUCUUUGUGUGCUCAAGUUUGGCAGCUGCUCAACAUACAAAACAUCCGUCUGUAUAUACUGCAUAUGUAUCACUGUAGCUAGCAGUUAUCCCUGAUAGAUAUGCAAAUAUGACAAAAUUAUAGACAAAAAAUGGUUUCAAAACAUUGAAGUUAAGUGAAAGUUAACUGACGAUAACUUAAACCUGACUUUGAAUGUGUCAUCUAACUUUCAGCUCAGCAGUAAAUGCACUUGUGCUGUUCAAAUCUUGUAGUAUUUUGUAUAUAGCUGAUUGUUCUUACCAUCCAAUCAAAUGUUUUAUAUAUUUGUACUGCCUUAUUUAUGCGAAAUGUUUUUCGUAUUCUAUGCAACUUUCUGAUUGAGUGAAUGCCUCGUACUUCAGUCAUUGUAAUCAGUUCACGCAUUUUACACCGUGCCAACACAAAGAACAAAUAAAUGUUUUUCAUGA